ACGGCACUUCCGGUGUGGGCAGUGCAGUUCCCUGAUGCAAGAUGGCGGCGCCCUUGUCUGUCCAGUUGGAAUUCGGAGGCGGGGCGGAGCUCUUGCUGGACGGGGUCAAAAAGCACCAGGUGAUUUUGCCCAGCCAGAACAAGCCUUGGGAUGUUCGGAAUUUGCUGGUGUGGAUUAAAGAGAAUCUGCUGAAAGAGAGGCCGGAGCUAUUUGUCCAAGGGGAGUCUGUGCGGCCAGGAAUCUUGGUCCUCAUCAACGACACAGACUGGGAGCUGAUGGGGGAACUGGAGUAUCAACUUCAAGAUCAGGAUAAUGUGGUUUUCAUAUCCACUUUACACGGGGGUUAGACGGCUGUACACACAAACACAACAAGAGCGCUCCAAAUAAACGGAUACCUAGGCUGGGAGACAACCCGGCCUGCCUUGACACCCACGUUUUUUCUCUCUCUCUCUCUCUGCUUUCAUCCAAGGUGUUUCAAACCAGAGCGUGGUCGCUCCUUAGAUCCUUUCUUCGCUGCUCUUUUGUGGCUCAGCGCCUCCUACCCCCUUGCCUGGGCCCUUGACUCUUUUGUCCCAGACGGGGGAUCGAAAUAAUUUCGGCCUCCGGGUUGCUCUCUUCCUUGCUGCCGGAGACGCCUGUCAGCAGGACAAAAAAAAAAAGACUGAAAAUGAGCUGCCGGGGAGCGCCGGGCGACGGCGGCCGAGCUUUGCAGCCACUGGGACCCAGCCGAUCUUGCUGCGGGACUGGGUUGUUCCCCUGGACCUGACUUGUGCUUUUCCGUGCAGUCUCUGAGCGAGUGUGGGGAGAGGCGAGGAUCCCCUCUUUCCCUGCACCCACCCUGAUUCCACCCCCAAUUGACGGUGUGUCUGUUCUGGAGGCCUUCGCCAGGAAAAGACUGCAGCGCUCAGCCUCUCUCCACUUGAGUGGAUUUCAGUUACGUGGCUGGUGAGCAGCAAACAGUCCGAGGCCAGGCCGCAGAGGAAGCGCCGGCGUGGAAUGCAAAAGCCGGAGAGGCUCCAGAAAGAACACAUGUACACACACACACACACACAUCAGGUACAGAGAAGAUGCCUCUCGCGAUCCUGAGGAAGGACCCUUUUUUCCUAAAAUGCCUGAUACAACGAAUUUCAGCGUAUUAUAUUUUGAAGGGUUGGUUUGGGCAGGAAAGAGAAAUGUCCUUGAGUCUCCAGUACACCUGACUGAGAACUAAGAAGGCUUCGGUGAUAAAUCUAGCUUCUUGAGGCCUGGCCUUUUCUGUACAGAGGGCGAAUCCCCCCCCAAAAAAACGCCUUUCUCAUCCUUUAAACAUUUUAACAUUUCUAGAUCGUUAAGAAAUCCUGUAUACCGCUGCGUGAUCGUAUUUCUCUCACUGCUCUGUGGGCCAUGUGUAAUUUUUUUAAAAAAAUUCUGCUCAAGAGCUGUUGUGUUCCAUUUUUUUAAAAAAAUUCUUACGUUCAACCUCCGAGCUUCCCUGGCAGUGUCGGAAAGUUGCUCCCAUGAGCCAUAGCUGGUGGUUGCAGGAUGAUGGGAGUUGGGAACCAACGAGAUACAGAGGACCAUGGAAUCCCUACCCUAGUUGUACUCAGUGCAGAAUGUUUUCCUACGACAGAAGGAAUUUCAGUCGCUUGUUGAAGGCAUAGCUACGCCAGCACAGAAAGGGCGAGUCGACCAAAGCCGGAAUUGUCAUUACCAGAUUGUAUACUGUCUUCUUCUAGCGCGAGCAGUUACACCGCCGCUGGAUGACAUGUUCAGCCCAUGGCCUAAAGGCAGGAUCCUGGUUUUUUCACUCCUAUGCAAAGCAAGAGCACAACACAUGAAAAAUGGGCUUUGUUGUGGCCUGCUCUGCAAGAUGGUUGUGACUCUCAGCAAUAAAGUUGGAGAGAAUGGUUUGGACAUUCGCAAAGCGCUACACAAGCAAUUUAAACCAAUUGAUUUCCCCCUCUGUUCAUUGUCAUAAUGGAUUUUUUUUUUUGUCAGCAUUGGGUGGAACGGGGGAAUGACUUCUCGUGAGCUGUUCUCCCUUUGGUGGCUUUCCGCCCAUGGAGAUUUGUUUUGGUUAUUUCUUGAAGAACUCAACCGAAUUCCAGACUGCGAUAUGAAGAUAAUUGGAGCUGUACAAAAAUUAGGAGAAACUGGGAUUGUUAGAUUCUUGAAAUCCCCUGUGGCUGCUGUUUCGUGAAGGAAAUUACUUUGUGCAUGCUCAGAGGUGCCCCCGACAUGUUUUAAGGCAGCAUUCUGAUGGUUCAGAAUAGGGCUUAAAAGUUGUGCCGGGGUGCCUGCUUUAGACUUACCGUCUAUUAGCUGUUUGAUGAUAUUUGGAAGCUACCCGUGUGCCCUAAAAAUCUCUCUUGUGUUUACCGCGAAACAUUAAAACUGAUGGCAAUAAAAAAGAAAGCACACAGCACCAGUAGACUCCAAAGCAACAUAUAACACAACACCCACCAAAUAAAUUGUGCCUUGCUCGUCUCCCUGGGCCAAAUUUGAUAAGCUUUUGUUGGAAGAAGGAACAAAAUUUAUAAGGAGAAGGCUGGAGGUGGGUGUGAGGUUGCAGUUGAUCGCAUCAAUUACGACUUCAGAUUCCCAGCUGUGGACUUUAGAUUAUUUUAUUGAUUUUAAAAAAAAUCUGUAGGCCACUCUUUAGGAGAAGGCAGAACUUCCUAAGACAUGUUCCAAUAAUCAAUAAAUAACAGAAGAUUAGAAUGAAAACUCCCAAUUCAACAACAGGCAUUGAAAUCCAGAGGUGUUACAGGUUUUUUAAAAAAGGCCUUCCUGUUAAUGUAGUAAAACCAGCUCAGGAGAGAACCAAAGGAAAUGAAUAUUGAAUCUUGAUAUUUUCCUCAAUGUUGCUCAGGAGUGGCUGUAAUUCGCCCGAACAGCUAUGGGGCCGACGCGAACAAGUCCCUGCUGUUAGAAUAAGCUCUGUGUGUGUUUUGUUUUAUGUGGAAGGAUGUGAAUAAAAGUUUUAAAUUUG